CCUUAGAUAACCAGGAAGUGACAGCAGCAGUAGAAUCCAGGCUAAACAGAAACAACUGCGUUUAUCAAAGGGAAGCGGCUACUCUAGACAGGCGGACAUUGUGUAUUUAUAGACGCAGUUAAGCUUCAAAGUUCUUCUUUUGUUUUCACAAUGUCUCCUUUCAAAAAGGAGAGAUUGAGAACAUUGACCACUUCGGUGUUUCUUGGUGCCGUCGUGCUGUGCGUUAGCUUUGUCAGCCAGGGGGAAAGCCAAACAACUCCACCGCCAACUCCCUGCGCUGCUUACAAGAGCUGUGACAAGUGUGCUCCAAAUGCAAAGUGUCUGUGGUGCUUCACCACCAACAACUGCACAGAAUACCCAGUGAGCUGGUUGCUGCCUCCGGCCUCCGUGUGCCAGCUGUCCCAGGCCCGUUGGGGAGUGUGUUGGUUGAACUUUGAAGGCCUGAUCAUUGCCAUGGCUGUCCUGGGUGGAACCAUCCUCAUCAGCAUUACUGCCUGCUGCUGCUGCUGCUGCUGCUGUAAGAAGCGUAGCUCAAGGCCUGACAGAGAUGAGGAGAGGUUUGUCAGGAAGAGAGAGGAGAUCAAACAGCGCGCUGACGAACGGAACGUGGAGAGAAAGGCGAGGCACGAUCAGAUCCGCAAGAAGUAUGGUCUGAUGAGUGACUCGGACCACCCGUACAGCAAGUUUGAGAACGAGUAGAGCAGCUGCACUGGACCCGUUCCACCAGCACCAUGUGGAGCUGGCCUUUGGUAGCUGGAGUGGUGCACAUUUCUCACUGCUGGGCCCUCGUUCACAGUGACACGACUCAGACACAAACCACCAUCUUACUCUUUUCAAACAAUAACUUCAAAAAGUCCUGUCAAGAUCCUGCAGAGUUCUUCUGUCUUCUGAAAUUUCCUCAUGAGUUUUCUCUUUUUAAAUAUUGUAGUUUCAUAUCGGUCUUUGCACUUUGUAUAUACAGUAUUGAUUUAUGAAAAUGAUUGUACCGCAGAUGAGAUCUGAGUCAAUAAAUUCCUUCUUUUAAACAAU